AUGGCUGCCUUCCUGAUUGCGUUGGCGGCGGCGGCGGCUUUUCAGCCCGGGCGCGGGAGGAGGGAGCCCGAGGAUGCGUUUGACAUGCCAGACGAUCUGUUUCGGCGGCACUUUCGCCUGAAAAAAGAAACUGUGCGGUGGCUGUGCGACGAAGUGGCGGACGAACUCGAAGGCGUGAGAACAACAGCGCUGUCGGUGGAGCGGCAAGUGUUGUGCGCGUUGCGAUUCUUCGCAACGGGCAGCUUCCAAGCCUCGGUCGAGAGCGAAGAGACGAUCGGCGUGACCCAGCCUGCGGUCAGCAAAUGUGUGCGACGCGUGGCGGAGGCAAUCGUCCACGCCGGGGCCCGCAACAAGUGGGCCCAUUUCCCGAGGACGUCGGAAGAGAAGGCGGCCGUGAAUGAAUGGUUCCUUAGACGUGGCUCCAUUCCCGGUGUCAUCGGAUGCGUGGACGACAGCCUUAUCGCCAUCAUCGCACCGGAGGGCGAGCAGAAGGCGGAAUUCAUGUGCCGCAAAGGCUACUAUGCCCUCAACACAAUGUUCGUGGCAGCGGCUACCCCCUGGAACCAUGACUCCCGACUCCAGUCCCAGGCCACCCUCCCAUGCACACUGCAGAAGGCAGGUACAACACUGCACAAGCUGCCAUGCGGUCCGUAG